AUGGCUGAUCUCGAGCGUCUCAACAUCUCCUGCAACCUGACACGCACGCCGGCGCCGCUGCGCCCUUCGUGCGAUCCGCCACCGACCCUCCUCGCCGCGCUGGUGGUACUUGUCUUCUGGCUUUGGGGGAACCUGCACCUGCCCCCUUUGCCUGACGGGGCGCCCGACCCCGACCACCAGAUCCCGGCGAUUCCAGAGGACGCUGACGAGGCUGAGGUGGAAGCCGCUGCCAUACCUCCCGAUGGCGCUGGCACGCCUCCUCGAAGCGAGCGCGAGCCGUACGGCGACGGCGGGGGCGUCUCAGGCAGCGGCAGACAGGAAGCAGCCCCGGCCGCGGCUGCACACUUCCGGAGGGAUCCGUCGUCAAUCCGGUACCAGGAAACAGAAGGCGCCGCUGCCCUCCCUUCCGCUGGUACGCCUCCCCGAGGCGAGCGCGAGCCCUACGGCGCCGGCGGGGGCGCCUCAUGCAGCGACAGGCAGGAAGCAGCCCCGGCCGCGGCUGCACACUUCCGGAGGAAUCCGUCAAUCACGUACCAUGAAGUAGCAGGCGCCGACUCCGUGGACAUGAUCCGAGGAGGCUCGUGCGAGUGCGAUGCAGGGGCUUGUGUGGAAGUGGAACGACGAGCCUUCGUCCAUGCUACAUUCGACAGAUCUGGUGAGGCUGCUGGUAUCCUUCAGAAGAUGGUGGAUGGUUUUGGGACAAUACUUCUCAGCGCAGAUGACGUCGAAGAAUCCACAAUUCAUCUAGCAAACAGACAUCUCGUUGAAGCUCUGGAAUCAGCACAUGCCAUCGGAUGCACCGCUGAUUUUCUCUCUCAGAUGCUUGACGGCUGGGCCUGUAAGCUGGAGGGGGAUGCGCGAAGGAUAUGGCAGGGUGAAAAAUGUAGAGUAUACAUUUUCCUGUUCAGCAAUGCAUAUGAUGUUUUGCUGAUUAUGCGUGGUCGAGGAGCAGCCUUUUCAAACGAAGAACUGGAGAGUAUGCUCAGUGCGAUGUUCCGUCGAUACAAGGCCAGUUACUUGGAUGAGUGCUGGGCGCCUCUGAUGAACCACCUAGACCGUUUGGAUAAGUUUAGUGCUGAAUUUUGUAUCAUCUGCAGACGCCAGAUGACAUGCAAGGUUAAUGCUAACCUCAGGUAUAAGCUGCGGAAAGAGAUUGUGGGUUUGAUUGUUCCACCGUACCAGGUUUCAUUCUUGGCCCAGAGGAAGAAUCAGAGUCGGCUGUCACGGGUGCUACAUUGCCGAAAGCGAGUCAUGGCAGGAAAACAAAAGAUGCGCACUGCCGAGGAAUUGGAAAUGGUGAUAAAUGAUUUGUUUGAAGGAUGAUCUGAACCUAGUCCUAGGGCACCGGUUUACUCAUUUGUUCUAGUUCUA